CCAGCUCUGAUGGUGAUGGAGACUCCGGCUGACAGAAUGUCUGACUGAAGUUCGGCCGUUUCCCUUUAUUUACUCGAGUCAGAGUUGUAGACUUGGUGUCUGUAGAUCCACACCCGCACCAGUUCCCGCUACAGUGCUACACAAGCAGGUCUGGCAGCGAUUAUGUACCGUAAGAUUUGAUGACGCUGUCAGCUCCAGCUGCAGAGCCGGCCGUCGGUUUGUUUAUGUCUGUGCAUUUGGGGGAAGAAGUCAUUUUCACAGUGGAGAAGAUUAGAAGAUGACUAGACUAAACAUCUAGCGUCCUCCUGAAUGGAGCCGGACCCUCUGCAGCACUCUGAGGAGAGUCCCUUGGUUACAGAUGAAUGUCGGGUCGAAUUUACAAAUGCACCCAGGAGAGGGCAGGUUCAGAAACCAAGCUGUAGAGCUAGGACGUCUCCAGGUAUCUCAAGACGUCUAUACAUAGUUUGUCAUCCAAGGAAUACGAGUUAAUAUGGAUUCCAGGGCUGGCAGAAACCAAACCAAAGGUCAUGCCAGGCCUCUCAAGAGACUUUCACUGGCAAAAAAUGAUGGCCAGAGAGGCAAAGCAAAAGAAAAUACCAGUAAUAAGCAGAAAGGGCUUUCUAUUACUUCAUUUUUCAAGAACACACCACCAUCUAAACUGGCCUGCCCGCUAUGUGGCAAGCUCAUACCUCGUUACAAAAUUAAUGAACACAUUGACUCUCAGUGUCGGGACUUCCUUGAGGAAAAUGGCCUAGAAGCUUCAUCAGCCAGCCACAAUAAACAAGAGAAAACAACCUGUCCUCUUCCAAAUAAUGUACCUAGGAGUCCGGAUAAGAAAAUGGAUGCAAGCUUUGAUAAGAACAAUCAAGGUACAAAAACAAGUCCAUAUUUUAAAAAGAACUGCUCAGCAAAGCAAGAGUCACCAAAAGCCAGCGACCAAGAUAAGGUUGUCAAGACGGUCAGUCUUGGUAGCUUGUCUUCAAAACUCUCAAGAAGAGCGCUGAAGUUUUCAGAGAACGCAAACCCCCCUGCUGAAGCAGAGCCAAACUGUAGUGAAUUAAGUACUUCACAGAAAGAAAACUGUGAUGAGAAUGUGAGUAUUGAAUCAACUCAAACAUUUCCUUCUGAAGUAGCUACUGUAAAUCUACCUCAAGUGGAAAGCACACACAGACUCAAGGAGACUGCGCCAAAAGUGGAAUCACUGAGCGCUGAGGCUUCUCAAUCAGUGAAAACUGCUGCUAUGUUCAGAUUAAUGAAGAGGAGGAAGGAGGAGUCUCCUGAAACAUGUGCUGCUUCAAACCUGAAGAAGAGAAGUAGAUAUGCUGGAUAUAAAAAUAAAAACGCCACUUUUCCUGUAGUUAGCCACAGUCAGAGGUCACAUGUUGAUUCACCGUUUGAAGUCAGCAAAUCCAAACUUGAGGAUGUACAAAGAGAUGAGAUCACACCACCACAUAAGAGUAGAGGUCACCCACAGGAACCUAGUGAAGUCUCUGUGGAAAGUGGUUCACCCAGGCGACCAUACUACCUUCAGAACUUCCUGACCAUUCUGGAAGCAGUACUGGAGAACAAGGAUGAUAUGAUGCUCUUCAAUGAAGAUGACCUCUCAUCUGUCCAUGGUUUCAAGCAGCUCUCAGUGCCUGGGCAGAUGCUCUAUGUGCGUUUGUUCCAGAGGAAGUUGAAAUGGCUGCAAGUAAGCAAACUGGAUUAUUCUGAGAUUGGCUCAGACCUCAGACCUGUUGUGCAGGAGCUUGUCUGUAGUGGCUUCCUACAAACAGAGUCAGAACUUAAGGAUGUCCAAGAAGUUCUUGAUCUCCUACCAGCUCCAGAACUCCGAAGUCUGGCCAAAACAUUCCAUCUUGGAGGUCCAGGGAACAGCACCCAGAAACAACAGCUAGUAGAAGGACUUCUCCGUUUGGCCAAGCAGCGUUCACUCUUUGCUCUUGCACCUGCUCAAAACAGCACCGGGGCUGUUAUUCUCAAGAGGGCUAAGCAGCUAGCGGGUUCCUGUGUGCGUUUGUCUCGGGGCCCUCGUGCAGUGUUUUCCCGAGUCCUGCUUCUCUUCUCCCUUACGGACACGCUGGAAGAGGAGGAGAUGGCAGCAGGGGGUCAGGGCCAGCUGUACACCAUUCUGCUGGUCAAUUCUGGACGUUUGGCAUUCCCAGUGUACACGGUGCAGCGCUCUGCCCAAGUGUUUCGGGACAGGGAUGACCUUAUCAGAUAUGAGGCUGCCAUGCGCACCCUUCAAGAGGUGAUUACAGCAAUGCAAGCUGGCAGCUGGGAAGAUGCCCAUGUGCUCUACAGUACUGCAAAGGCCACCUGGCAAGACCUUAAGCAAACUUGUGAUUGGAGUUGUCACGAGGCACUACCAGUGUUCCUGCGCUGUUUUACUGUGGGCUGGACAUACACACGGGUAUUAUCUCGUGGAGUUGAGAUACUUCAGAGACUGCGCCGCUAUGAGGAUGCAGUGGAGGAGCUACGCUCUCUUCUGUCUCAGACAGUGUUCUGUCCAGACAGCAGAGGGCGCUGGUGGGACAGACUGGCUCUUAAUCUUCAUCAGCACCUCAAACAGCAUGAGCAGGCUAUCUAUGCUAUCCGGGAUGGACUGAUGGACCCAUUAGUACGGACAGGCCACCGCUUGUCUUUGCACCAGAGAGCUGCCAGAAUGAAUGAGUCAGCGAGUUUUAAGAAGUAUCGCCUGCUGCUCCGCAAGCUCCCUUCUCUACAUGUGCAGGAUGUUACUCACGUCACAAUUCGAGGGCAACUAUUUCCCCACGAAGGUGGUAUGGGCAAAUCAGUGUUCCUCAGACCUGCUACUGGGGACGAGGACUCUGAGGAAGGAGAUAAUGCUAUGGUUAUAUGUUCUGUAGAAGAGCUGGCUUUAGCCCACUACAGAAAGCUUGGCUUCGAACAAGGCAUUCAUGGCGAAGGCUCUACGUUCUCCACCCUGUUUGGCCUUCUAAUGUGGGACAUCGUUUUCAUGGAGGGGGUUCCUGAUGUCUUUCGUACACCUUAUCAGACAUGUCCUCUAGACUUCCACACUGACUCCUUCUAUGGCAACCGGCAGGAGGCUAUUGAGGCUCGGGCAGAGCUGUUGCGUGAGGCAUCCACAGAGACUCUGCAGGAGCUGCUGGCCGAGGUGUGGAAUUCCCAGGAGGGACGAGUUUGUGCGUUAGUCAACUGGGAGCGUUUUUCAUCUCUUCAGCAAGCUCAGAGCUUGGUGGCAUGUCUAGGAGGCCACUUUUUAAGUGGAGUUGUCAUUAGAAUGGCAAAGGACUACAGACACAGCAGAGGGGGGCUUCCUGACCUGGUAGUCUGGAGCACCUCAACCAACAGCUACAAGCUGGUGGAGGUGAAGGGCCCUAAUGACCGUCUGUCCCAGAAACAGCAGCUCUGGCUGGAGGAGUUGCAGAAGCUGGGAGCUGAUGUGGAGGUGUGUCACGUCACAGCUACCGGUGCUCGGGGCACACAUCUGGAUUAAAGAGCGAAUAGAACUUCACAAUUGAACCUCAAAACUCAAAAAUUCACACUGAUAGGUUUUCCCUGAGGGACAUGGAGAUGGUCUUCAUGUGCAGUGUGGCUUUUUCCUGGUUUUCUUUUUUUUCUGAACAGUUCGUUAGUGCUUGUUUGGAGCACUUUAUAAGGCACUACAUUUCUACAUACUGUACCAAGAUAAUGCUUUCUAUUAGAAUGAACAGUGUGAAAAAUGAUUGCUGUUGUCUGAACUGGAUUCUCAUGGCUGCUAAUUAGGCUGUUUGGUUUUUAUGUCUUUUGUUCUUUUUGAAAGCAAUGAAUAUGAUGUUAGAUUUAAAUAAUUAACUAAUGUUAAAAAAAAAAAACAAUAAUUCCUCUGAAGGACAUAUUUGACUUGCAGAAGGCAGUAUUGUGUAAUACUUUUGUACAAGGAAAUAAAAUCAAGUUAGGAUGCUUCA